CCGCCAUCUGCCAGAACGACAAGUCUGCAUGCAAUUUGCCAGGGGAAGCGCCCAGUUGUGACGUACCGUAUCCAGACAGCCAACAGAUUCGCCUCGCUAGCAAGGCGGCGGAUAACUAAAACCUGCAUGGCUGGCCAGCGAUCUCCGUUCUGUGAGUCUGCCAACAGCUAGCCCCACAUUGCCAGCUGCUCGCCAGCUGCCCGCCAGCGUCGUCUUCCUUGUAAGCAGAGUUACCAAGCGAUGGGACAUUCUGAAGUGUGGGUUGCAGUGCUGCAACUAUCACACAAGUGGAAUGUCGAAGCCGAUUGCCAUUCAAGGAGCCCCAUGAUGCUUCUAUCAGCUGGCCACAAAAGGAACUUUAAUGAUCAGGAAAUCUGUCAUGAGUCAGUCUGACCUGAUCCGAUCCAAUCCAGUUUUGAAUGGCCUUGAAUGCAUGUGGAAUAGUGCACCUCCACAGCUGCUGUCCAAUAGCACACGAGCUAUAUACCCAGAUUCAUUGGUAGCGUUGUAAGGGCUCAGCGCAUUCCAACUCCAGGCAGCCCAGCUUGAAGUUCCGUUCUCUUCAUUCCAAGACUUUUGGCGGAUUCUUUUCACUGCAGAUCUCAGCGGGUGCAUCGAGCUCAAGCGCUUGGAAACUCAGGACUUCUGCAAUCUUGUGCAUGCACCUGGAGCGCUUCGAAGUUAGCUGAGAGCGCUACUGUGACGUCAGCUCCAAAAUGGCUCCCUCCAGCAACCGCAUCCUAUUCAAGGCCACGGCCGCAGAGUUCCUCGGCACUGCGCUGUUUCUCUUCACAACCAUCAGCGCCGUAACCAGUUAUGGAGCAGGAGUUUUGGCGCCCAUUGGCGUAGCGGCUGUGUUUGGCUUAACCAUCUUCGUUCUGGAAAUUGGUUUGGGAGAAACCUGUGGCGGGCACUUUAACCCUGCGGUCAGCCUCGGGGUUUUCAUCAACGGGGGGAUGGGGUACCUGCAGUUCAUUGCCUACUGGUUAGCCCAGGUUUUGGGAGCGAUCACUGGAGCAUGCUUUGCCCGACUGUGUGUGGGAGACCCGGUGUAUGAGGCCAAUGGUCGAGCUAUAAACAUAGUGGGUACCGGCCACAGCACCGGACGGGCCUUCCUGGCUGAGGUAAUCGCGACCGGGUUUCUGGUCCUGGUCGUGUUGCAAACCGCCGGCACAAAACGGAACAAGAAGAACCGACAAGCGCGGGCCUGGGCGCCUCUCGCCAUCGGCCUCGUAGUACUCGUGGAUCACUUGGCGCUCGUCAGUAUUGACGGCUGUUCCAUCAAUCCGGCAAGAAGUCUGGGGGCCGCGACAGCUGGCUGGAGCAAAACUCAUGCGUCCUGGAACCAAAUGUGGAUUUUUGUUAUUGCGCCCCUAGUUGGGGGUGCCGUUGCGGGGCUGUUUAAGAGGGUGGUGAUUCCUUGGGGCGAUAAGGCGGCGGGGGUCGAUGAAGAGGCCGCGCCGGCUUCCGGCGACUCAAAAGUUUGAAGAUGGUGGGUUAAGUUAGUUGGGAAAAUUUAAUCGACGUUGAAUACGAUACCGAGUCCAAGUCCGCGGGCAGGAUCUGCCUUUUACGGUCCACGGCUAAACAUUGGCGCAUUAUAUACACAGCACGGAUAAUUCCUCCACAGGUUAUUUAUACAGCCAGACACGUGUAUAACGGUUCAGUAAGGAGUUUGGAUGUUGUCUAUAUGUAUCGGGCCAGAAAGCUCAUCUAUAACGUUAACGUACAUUCGUCCAAUUGGUCGCUCAAAACAUUCAAUUAAGGCACAUGCCUUGUUGGGAAUAUCGUAUAACGUUGGCAGCUGCGGGUCAGUUGAAUGCGGGCUGAACCCAAUCAAGGUAGGCACAGGAUCUAAUCUGUAAUCUGCUCGCGGAGCUUGUGAUUACAAGAAAUCGACGUAGCUGAAGACACAAUCGGAAGCGUUCCAAUCAAUCAACUGUGGACAACUGCGUUAGUUGGGAG